AUUUCAACCUACUCAGGGCUUGCAAGGCAGCGUUGGGGAUUUUGUUUCCACUGCAUUGAAUUGUGAAAAUAAAUGUGACAUCUGAGGAUGUAUAAAGAGAUAGUUCUUUUGUUACUUCUUUCAGGUAAUGUCUCCACACAGGAACUAUCUUCGAAUAAAGCAUACAUUUUUCUACCUCUAACUUCACAAAAACUUGCCAGGCAUCAAAGAAAUGAGGGACUACCUGUUACAGAAGACCCAGGGUAUAUCUCCACAACUGCAAUUUCACAAAAACCCACAAGGCGACAAAGGGUAGAAGAACUGCCUGUUACCGAAGACCCAGGUUAUGUUUCAACCCAAGAAGUGAGUACCCCUCACAGUAAUGCAAGUAAACCCUACGAACAACCAGUAACGAAGGAAAUAACAACCGUGGCAACGGCUAGCAUAGCCAAAGACGAGCAUUUGACCACCCAAACCCACUCUGAGAUCUCAACGCAGGCACCAGGAAAAGACGGAUCAAGAGAUCGGGUAACCCACGCUCUCUCCGGACCAGUGAUUGCCGUGGUUGUUUUUGCUACAAUCGCUGGUAUUGUUGGAGUCAUCCUCUUUGCAUCAUUCUUGGUUCGCCGGCUGACAAGGAAAAAUUAGUUCAGCCUGACAAACAAGGACACGGGCAUUCCAUAAAGAAAAAGAAGAUUGAGCAUAGUCCCCUUUGUUUACCUCGUGCUCUUCUGAAAGGACAAUAAAUAAGUGUAUGGCUUGA